AUGGUGGACUCAUCUGCUGUCGAUGCGCCCGCGCGCUCGAGCGAGGGGCGAGAGCCCGGAUGCUCGGCACGGCUCGGAGCCGCGCUCUCUGUCGGCCCUCUGCAGGACAUUGGUACUGCGGCGGUGAGCGCCAUCCACGAGGCGGUUCGCAUGCAUGGCAUGGUGGUAUUUAAAAACCAGGCCCUCUCCCGCGCCGAGCAAGUCGCUCUCACCGAUGUGCUGGGCGAGACCAUCAUCCUGCCGCGGUCGUUUGAGGGGCAGGACACAAACGACCCAGAACCAGGCCACCCGGCCAUUCAGCGCGUUUCUACCCACUGGGCCAACGGAACGUGGAAAGGCAGGCACCACUCCUUUGGAGCGUACUGGCACUCCGACGGCGACUUCUGGCAGCCGCCCCUUCAUAACGUGCUCUCAAUUCUGUACGCGGUCACAGUGCCCCCCUCCGGAGGUGCACUGACACACUGA